AUGUUACUGGUGAAUGUGUGUUUCAUAAGUUUUGUUUUUUUCGCAGAUAUUACUGAAAGCAAGCUCUAUCUCCUGAAAGAUUACGACGAAGCAUCAAUCUUCUCAAACAAGGAUAAAAAUCUAUUUAAAACGUCACACAAUUCGAAACACAAAGAUUUGACUUCUGGGCCGACUAAGGGCAAAAAAGGACGGCAUACAAGACAAGCUAUCUUACACUACGGCAGACAUAUAUACCAUCUGGACACUUUCGAAGAUUUAACAAAAUUAAGAACACCAAAUUCGGCAAACCAUGGCCCGUUCGAGUAUGUAGACGUUAAAGAUUUGUUCCGAAGCAAACCAGCUUUAAGAGACAUCCCCUGGGAUUAUGUAGACUUCCUAUACUUGUCUAACACACCAAGCCUGAAGAAAAUUAGAUGUAAAGGCAAGAAGUGUAAAGGGAUUAAGAAUUCGAGGAAAUAUAAUAGAUUGAAGAAACGCAAAACCUUCGCCGAUAAUGAGGUUUACGAGAAAAAGAAUAGGAUGCCGUAUCGAACGCUGACUAGAUUCAAAAUCAUCGAUAAUUCUGAUAAGACAAAGCCGCCAAAAGAAAUAUACGUGAAACAAUGGAAGAAUCCGAAAAAAUCUCACACUAGGCAACACAAGAAAGAAUUUAAAAUAAAGAAGAUUUUCACAUCAUCAUCAUCCUCUGAGGAACCAAAGAAAAUGAUCGUCAGUUCCAUAUACUCAAAUAGCAAGUCUUCAGAAGAACAUGAAUCAUAUUCAAAAAGCACGUCAAGUUCAGAAGAUAAUUCCGCCUCAGAAAAGAAGAGCACAGAGUCUCUAUUCAAGAAGAGUUCAGAGGAAUCGAUUUAUAAAAAGAAGAAGCAUACUCCAAGUCCAGUUAUUGAAUCUGAGUCGAAUAGUAUCGAGAAGAGUUUUCAGAAGAUGAAAAUGCAAAGAAAGAAGAAAAUGGCGUUGAAAAAGCUCAAAAAGCUAAAGGGAGAUGAAGAAGUUUAUGUGCAAGGGAACAGGUAUAUUUCUGCUGCGGACAGUGAAGAUGGGAGAAGAAGACUUCCUCAAUUCCUGCCGAAACGGUACCAUUGGGAGCCAGACGAAAUGCAAGACCUUGGGUACUACUGGUUCAACGGACCAAAAGGCAAAUACCCAGAACCGAGACUAUUGAAAUAUUAAAAGUGUUUUAAUGAUUUUUUUAAGUUCUUUUUUCUAGAUGUCAUUAAAAACAGGUUGUUUUCAAUUGCAUGUUUUAUUGUUGAGAUAUAAUUUUGUAUGUUAGUUAAUUUUAAAAUCAGCUGUCAACAGGUUGUUUAUAACAGACAGUAUAUAUACAGACCUCCAUUUCGCUCUUAG